CAUUUGUUUGUUUUCUCACGUUUCCAUAGUUAUAUAAAACACAUUAUUAUUAACAUAAUUUGUAUCUUCUAAGUUCUACAUAAUUGGAAUAUUUUGUAAUUUUUUUAAAAUUAUGAAUAGUACAGCAAUAAACAAAGUAAAAUGUUUAUUUAUUUAAAAAGAAUUUAAUAAAUAUUAGAGUUAUUAAUCUGACUAAUUACAGAGAACAAAAAUAUAGGUAAAUACAUAUUUUCCAAUUUAUACAUUUUUAUGAAUAUAAAUAUCUAUAUACAGUUAUCAUCAUUGCACUACAUACCUGUAAUUAUAUUUAUAAUUUACAAACUAGAUUUGCUCAAUUUACAAACCAAAUAUAUGUUUACUAUCUGCUUGUUUUAUUUUAAAUGUUUUUUUUAUGUAUUAUAUAAUAAGAUAAUUAAAGAUCUUCUUCCUGUGACCACAGUAUAAAAAGGCGGCUCUGAUAAACUGAUUACCACUUUUUAAAACUAACCUCUUCUGCAACAAUGGAUACAAUUCGGUUAACUAACAUUGUGAUCCUUAUUGGAGUAUUUCUUACGAGACAUAUAAAAGCCAGUAAUGCAACUUUUUCAGCACCAAAGUCUUUAUUGCCAAAAGUGAAGAGUAACCAGGAAAACUCGUGUGACGUAAAUUCCAAUGGUUUCGAUAUUCAUUUGACUGUGGAAUCCAGUAAAAUUUCAUCGAACUUUCGUGAUGAAAUUAUCGCAGUACUAAAGGAUUUCAAUAAGGGUACAAACUGUGUAACGGAAGAGAAGUCAGAAGAGGAAAGUCCUAUAUUAUCACGUUCUAUAGAAUUAGGAAAUUUAGAGGCAAAGUUGGAUUAUAUAUCUACAAAAUUUCAAACCAUUGAGAAAGCACUUGAAGACAUUCAAACCGAUUAUAAAAAAUUGAGUCUCAGUAUUGAAGAGAAAACUACAGAUCUAGGAAAAGUGACGUCAGUAGGUGUACGUUGUAGUUCUUGUAACAAAGCACCGAAAAACCGAACAAGUUAUCCUAAGAGCUGCAAAGAAAUUCAACGAAAUGGUAAUAACGUAACAGGAAUUUACGAAAUACAGCCCAGACACUCGAAAAAACCCUUUCCGGUAUUGUGUGACAUGAACAUAAGGGACGGGGGUUGGACUCACAUACAGAAAAGAUUUGACGGAUCGCAGGACUUUAAUCUCGAAUGGCGGGAUUAUAAAUUCGGUUUUGGGAAUUUGGAAGGAGAAUUCUGGUUGGGACUGGAGAAAAUAUAUUCAUUGACAGGUUUCGAACCAGCAGAACUCUUGGUGGAAGUAGUAGACAGAGGGGGUGUGUCCGCUUAUGCUCAUUAUAAUUCCUUCGGAAUAGGGCCUGAGACAGGGGCUUACAAACUGGAACGUCUUUCAGGAUUUAGUGGAGACGCUGGAGACUCCUUGACUCAUCAUUUUGGAGAAAAGUUCAGUACAAAAGACAUCGACUUUACAAAGAGACGUUGCGCCACACUGCAUCUUGGAGGUUGGUGGUUUCGUAACUGUCUCUGGAGCAAUCUCAAUGGAAAAUGUUUGAACAUUGACCUACCCCUUACAACAUUUUAUUAUGUGGGAUCGUACUGGUAUACGUACAAAGACGAGAAUUGCCUUUCUGCGUCUAGGAUGCUAGUUAGACCCGUCAAUUAAAGGACUACCCGUAAAAGAAAUCCUCAUGGAGAGAAUAAUAAUUUUCUGAUAUUAAUAAAAAUUACAUAUUAUAUAAUAUAUUCUUAUAAUCUAUGUAUAAAGAAAGGGUUAUUCCACUUUAAAUACAUUACAUUUACGUUACAUUUUUAUUACAAAGAAAACUAUAUUUCCAUCAAUGUAAGUAAUGUCAAUUUAGCUUUCAUCACUUUAAAUUUCUUUUCACAUCACGGUUUUUAUAUAGUUGUAACGUCUUUCUCCCUUUAAGAGCCAAAUUGACAAUAAUGAUUCACUAGUACUUUAUUUUAUCUUUAAGCACCUUAAUAAUAAUUGUCAGUAAAUAUUCUCAAAUUUCCUAGUAGAAAAGUUCUUAUGCAAAAUUAAUUUGUUUUAUACUGUGAAAUAUUCCUUCAAUAACGAAUUAAAAUCCAAAAAUGGCACAAGAAGAAAAAAUAAAUUUGAUAGGGGUAUAUCUACAGGACAUAUUUCCGUUACCAUUUAUCAAAUGGUAACGGAAACAUGUCUCUAAACUAUCUGUUUUUACGGGUAUAAAAAGCGGUUCUGAUAAAACAUCAAAUUUGGUC